UACAACGCGCUUAAUUUCUGACUCAUUACCGUUUUAGGCCAUCAAAUUUUUUCAAAAAUUUUCACCCAUCUUUCUUCAUUUAUCCCACACCUUUUCCAAGGCUCAACCUUAUAACUAUUCUAUAUCACUGGAAUCGGUAGUGAUAGUUGAUUGUUUCAUAUAAUUGUUGUGUUUUCUCACUUAAUUGCCUCAUGAUACAGUUAAGAACGUUGGUUGCUCGUCAAGCAACUCAUAUACAUAAUUAUUAUCAUAAACCAACAAGUUCUUCAAUAUCUUUAUUUAAAAGAUUUCUUAGUACUGAACCAACUUAUCCUGGUGCUGAAUUAUUAAAGAAUUUUAAUGAUGAACAUGCUCAUAAAUUAGUUGAUGUAUCUAAAGUUUUAGUUAUUGGUUCUGGUGGACUUUCUAUUGGUCAAGCUGGUGAAUUUGAUUAUUCUGGUUCUCAAGCUAUUAAAGCUUUAAAGGAAGCUAAUAAAAAAUCCAUUUUAAUUAAUCCAAAUAUUGCUACCAAUCAAACUUCUCAUGCUUUAGCUGAUGAAAUAUAUUAUUUACCAGUUACUGCUGAAUAUAUUACUUAUAUUAUUGAAAGAGAAAGACCAGAUGGAAUAUUAUUAACAUUUGGAGGUCAAACUGGUUUAAAUGUCGGAGUUAAAUUGGAUAAAAUGGGGGUUUUUGAUAGAUAUGGUGUUAAAGUAUUGGGAACUCCCAUUAAAACUUUAGAAACUUCAGAAGAUCGUGAUUUAUUUGCUCAAGCCUUAAAAGAAAUUAAUAUUCCAAUAGCUGAAUCUAUUGCAGUUGAUACUGUUGAUGAUGCCUUGGCUGCAGCUAAAGAUGUUGGUUAUCCAAUUAUCGUUAGAUCUGCUUAUUCUUUAGGUGGUUUAGGUUCAGGAUUUGCUGCGGAUGAAAAUGAAUUAAGAAAUUUAGCUGCUCAAUCUCUUUCUUUAGCUCCACAAAUUUUAGUUGAAAAAUCUUUAAAGGGUUGGAAAGAAGUUGAAUAUGAAGUUGUUCGUGAUAGAGUUGGUAAUUGUAUUACUGUUUGUAAUAUGGAGAAUUUUGAUCCAUUAGGAAUUCAUACUGGUGAUUCUAUUGUUGUGGCUCCAUCACAAACAUUAUCGGACGAAGAAUAUCAUAUGUUAAGAUCAGCAGCUAUUAAAAUCAUUAGACAUUUAGGAGUGGUUGGAGAAUGUAAUGUUCAAUAUGCUUUACAACCAGAUGGAUUAGAUUAUAGAGUUAUUGAAGUUAAUGCUCGUUUAUCUAGAUCUUCUGCUUUAGCAUCUAAAGCAACUGGUUAUCCAUUAGCUUAUACUGCUGCUAAGAUUGCCUUAGGUCAUACAUUACCAGAAUUACCAAACCCAGUUACUAAGACUACUUCUGCUAAUUUCGAACCUUCAUUAGAUUAUAUGGUUACUAAGAUUCCAAGAUGGGAUUUAUCUAAAUUCCAACAUGUUAAAAGAGAUAUUGGAUCAGCUAUGAAAUCAGUUGGAGAAGUUAUGGCUAUUGGUAGAAACUUUGAAGAAUCAUUCCAAAAGGCCAUUAGACAAAUUGAUCCAUCAUAUAUUGGAUUCCAAGGUGAUCAUUUUGAAGAUUUAGAUUUUGUAUUAGCUAAUCCAACUGAUAGAAGAUGGUUAGCGGUUGGACAAGCCUUAUUACAUGAAAAUUAUUCGGUUGAUAAAGUUCAUGAAUUAACUAAGAUUGAUAAAUGGUUCCUUCACAAAUUAAUGAAUAUUGUUAAUAUGUAUCGAGAAUUAGAAAGUGUUGGAACCUUAGAUAAAAUCAAUAGUGAUUUAAUGAGUAGAGCUAAGAAAUUAGGAUUCUCUGAUAAACAAAUUGGAAUUUGUGUUGGAGCUAAAGAAUUACAAGUUAGAAGUGUUAGAAAGAAUUUUGGUAUUAUACCAUUUGUUAAGAAAAUUGAUACUUUAGCUGCUGAAUUCCCUGCCAAUACUAAUUAUCUUUAUACUACUUAUAAUGCUACAUCAUCAGAUAUUGAUUUUAAUGAUAAUGGUACUUUAGUAUUAGGAUCAGGAGUUUAUCGUAUUGGAUCAUCCGUUGAAUUUGAUUGGUGUGCAGUUUCCACCGCUAGAGCCUUAAGAGAUUCUGGUCAUAAAACUAUUAUGAUUAAUUAUAAUCCAGAAACUGUAUCAACUGAUUUCGAUGAAGUGGAUAGAUUAUACUUUGAAGAAUUAUCUUUAGAAAGAGUAUUGGAUAUUUAUGAAUUAGAAACUGCUCAAGGAGUAGUAGUUAGUGUUGGAGGUCAAUUACCUCAAAACAUUGCUCUUGAUUUACAAAAGCAAGGAUGUCAAGUUCUUGGUACUAACCCUGAAGAUAUUGAUAAAGCAGAAGAUCGUCAUAAAUUCUCUCAAAUUUUAGAUUCUAUUGGAGUUGAUCAACCUCAAUGGAAAGAAUUAACUUCUAUUGCUGAAGCAGAAAUCUUUGCUAAUGAAGUUGGAUUCCCAGUAUUAGUUCGUCCAUCUUAUGUUUUAUCAGGAGCUGCUAUGUCUGUUAUUAAUUCUAAGGAUGAACUUGAUUUAAAAUUAUCUAAUGCUGCUAAAGUAUCUAGAGAACAUCCUGUUGUUAUUUCUAAAUUUAUUCAAGGAGCUCAAGAAAUUGAUAUUGAUGGAGUGGCCAGUGAAGGUAAAGUAUUAGUUCAUGCAGUAUCUGAACAUGUUGAAAAUGCUGGAGUUCAUUCUGGUGAUGCAACAUUAGUUUUACCACCUCAAAAUUUAUCUCCAUUAAUUUUAGAUAGAUUAAAGGAAAUUGCUGAUAAAGUUGCUGAAGCUUGGAAGAUUACUGGACCAUUUAAUAUGCAAAUCAUUAAGAAUGAUCAAAAUGGAACUCUUAAUGAUUCUCAAUGUGAAUUAAAAGUUAUUGAAUGUAAUAUUAGAGCUUCAAGAUCUUUCCCAUUUGUUUCUAAAGUAUUAGGAAUUAAUUUUAUUGAUGUAGCAGUUAAAGCUCUUAUUAAAGAAAAUAUUCCUCAACCAGUUAAUUUAAUGAAUAUUAAAUAUGAUAGAGUGGCAACUAAAGUUCCUCAAUUCUCAUUUACAAGAUUAGCUGGAGCUGAUCCAUUUUUAGGAGUUGAAAUGGCAUCAACUGGUGAAGUUGCAUGUUUUGGUAAAGAUUUAGUUGAAGCUUAUUGGACAUCUAUUCAAUCUACUAUGAACUUUAAUGUUCCAAGACCUGGUCAAGGUUUAUUAUUAGGAGGUGAUUUAACUAAUGAUAAAUUAGGUCAAGUUGCUAAGACUGUUUCCGGUUUAGGUUAUAAUUUCUAUUCUGCCAAUGAACGUGUUAGUAACUAUUUGAAACAAUAUGUUGAAGAACCAGUUGAAGUUAUUGAAUUCCCUAAGACUGAUAAACGUGCCUUACGAGAAAUCUUUCAAGAUAAAAAGAUUGGAGCAGUUAUUAAUUUAGCUAAGGCAAGAGCUGAAAGUUUAUUGGAUGAAGAUUAUGUUAUGAGAAGAAAUGCUAUUGAUUUUGCUAUUCCAUUAUUUAAUGAACCAAAUACUUCAUUAUUAUUUGCUCAAUGUCUUAAGGAAAAGAUUGGUACUAAGAUUGCCUUUGAUGUAACUCCUGAACAAGUCAUAAUUCCACAAGAAGUCAAGAGAUGGAGUGAAUUUAUUGGUGGUAAACCAGUAUAAAUCAGUGAGUGAGUGACUAAUUUAUUUCUAACUGUAUGAACAAUUAUUACUUGUAAAAAAAGUUCAAUUACUUAUUUAAUUUAAAUAUUA